AUGUUUAGGAGGAAGGCUGCUGGACAGAAGACUGUUAUUGUUUUCAGAUACGCUUUGAUCUCAAUAACGAGCUAUCAAUAUGGCAGUGGCACUUUUGACUUUGAGGAGUUCUUGGUCAUGAUGGUGCAGCAGCUAAAAGAAGACCAAGCUGGCAAGAGUGAGGAGGAACUAUCUAAAUGCUUCCGUGUAUUUGACAAGAACCAAGAUGGUUUUAUCGAUCGUGAGGAGUUUGGGGAUAUUUUGCGUGCAGCUGGCGAGCCAGUGACAGAUGAAGAUAUAAAUGAACUCAUGGCAGAUGCGGACACAAACAAAGAUGGGAAGAUUGAUUUUGAUGAGUUUCUUAAAAUGAUGGAGAACGUCCAGUAAGAAAAAAUUACAUUCCAUCUCUUCCAAACCGUAAUGACAGCAGCCAAGACUCUCAAGAACAACCCAUGCUGAGAUCUUUAAAAGAAAAGAGGAUCGAGGAAACACAACAUCACCAGGGUUCAAAUCGCUAACAAUAAAGAUGGGUUGCAAUUCACUUUGAGGGACAGAGAAUAUUAUAGAUCAGUGCCGUCUUGUUGGAAAUGUUCCUCUGGAACUGUGAUGGUGUCUAUAAAUAACCCUUCAAACCUUUUAAGAGGAAACCACUCACGCCUCUCCCCUCAGCUGUCUCCUCCUACACCUGCUUAUUCCCAAGACAUUCACCAACCUUCCUUCAACCCCCUUCCCCUCUCCCUCACCCUUUACAGUGAUUCAAAAUAACUCUGCUACAGUAUUAGCCUUGGGAAAAGACUUAAUGUUGUCAUGGCGAUAAGGAACUUCUUUAGCUUACGUUAUUGGUGUCUGCAAAUCAAUUAAAAAGGCACAUCU